CCAUAAAAGCGCUCAUUGAAAGUGCACGCAGAUAACGUGCGUUUUUCAAUUACAUUUAUUGUCUGAAGAAAAGUAAAGGUAUGGUUAUGUUAUCCAUUUUUGUUCAACGUCAGUGAACAAACAUAUAUACCGUUGUUUAGCUGGAUGUUUAAGAUAUGGCGUUUUGUUAGACAUCUAGUUUGCUAACUCGUUCGUAUUUUUGUAGCUAACGUAGCUAGCCAACGUUAGCUGGCUAGUUAGCCAACUAACAUUAGCUAGUUUGGUAAUGUUAGCUAGAUAACUUGCUAUAGCCAACUUAUUUGCUGAAUGUCAAUUGGCUAGAUACCUUUCUCCCAUUUGCUAUUUUUAAAUAUGAUCAGUGUAAAAAUGCUAGCUCAAAAUGAAGUUAGUUAGUCAGCCAGCAUGUUGCCAGAAGAUACCAACCCUACCUUUUCGAUACCAACCCUACCGUUUACACCGAACUGCACUCGUCUGGGGUCGGGACGCAAUCAUGGUUAUAUUAAUAGACUGGAAUCGGCGCCAGAUACUAGUCGGAAAACGUACCUUAAUGCAGGGAUGGGAUAUGCCACUGUAUAGUACCUUUAUCCACACUGUGCCAUGGAGAAGAUUGGAAUACUGCUAGUUUUCUCGGAAAACUGCAAUCUUCUGCCUCAUGCUAGUUAGCAGUAGCCACCACAGCCAUUAUGGAAUGGGGUGUUUCGUUGAACAACAAAGGAACUGAUUGGCUGACACUGGCAUUCCAAAAUGUCUGUGGGGCUACUGCUAACUAGCAUGAGGCUCCAAGGUGUCUUAAUGUAACCAUGGUUGUGUUCCGACCCCAGUGCAUGUCAGUGUAAACAAGCGUAAUGGUAGGAUCGGUAUCUUCUGGCAAGUUAGCUUGCUGCCUGUCUUUGUUAUCCAGGACAGGUCAUGCCCACGUCCAGCUGAAUAUUGUAUCUGUUUCUAGCUAAGCUGUGUUAGUGGAUGAAGAUGUUGAAGGGACUAUAAUGACGUUGGUACAAUGUAUUAAUCUCUCCCUUGUGCCCUUCCUGGAUAGGACAAUGAGUGGAGGAUUCAACUUUGGACAAGCGUCCAAUACUGGAUUCAGCUUUGGAGCUCCCAAAACCACAGCUGCAACUGCCCCAGCCACAGGCUUUGGGAUGCCAAGUGCUGCAGCUCCAGGUGGUGGCUUCUCUUUCGGAACCCCCAACCCUCCCCAGGCCCCAGUAGCUGCCCCCCAGAGCUCUGGGCUGUUUGCUAUGCCCAUCCAGGCUAGCACAAACCCAACUGGAGGGUUCAGCUUUGGGACCCCUGCACAGAGCAGUACUCCUGCAGGAGGAGGCUUCUCUUUUGGGUGGGUGUAUUGGAUGAUGUAGUUUUCAUGGAUGUUUGGAUAAUAUAAUAGUGCUAUAACUAUCUUAGGGCAGCAUUGAUGGUGAGAUGAACCAACUUGGUAGGUUGUUGCCUGUGUAGCUUUUAGUAGCAUUGCAAUCAUAAUGUAGAUUUUAUAAUGCGGUCUUUUCUCUUGCUUUUGUCUUUAGGACUCCCACUGCUAAACUCAAUCUGGGCACACCAGCCGCCUCUCAACCAGCACUGACUGGGCUAACUAUGGGGAUGGCAACCGCCUCCUCUGGGACAGGCUUUGGAAUUGGUGGGGGUCUCGCCACACAAACCACUGUUGCACCUGUAGGAGGGGGGUUCAGCUUUGGGACCGCAGGGGGGCUUGGAGCCCCUGUUGCCCAAACUCAGCCCCAGACCCAACCAGCAGCAGCUGGUGGGCUCUCUUUAGGAACUCCUGCUGCAGCCACCCAAAUGAUGGGAGGUGGGUUUAGUUUUGGUGCAGCCAAGGUCCAGGCCACCACAGCCCCAGCCCCUACUGUAACCCCAGGAGGGGGCUUCUCAUUUGGGAACAGCGCCCCUGCCAGCCUCUCCCUGGGGACCCAGCCCACAAGUGAGUUUUCUGAGCUCCUAGUCAUCUCAGUUGAUCAGAUCAUGGGUAACGCACUGUAAAUGCCAUAAUUACUUUACAUCAGUGUUUUUUGCAUCCUGAAUUAUAGUAUUUUGUCUUUCCUCAGGUCUGACGCUGAACUCUGUGGCCACGGCCUCAACAGCUGCACCAACCACAACCCAGGGUGGAGGAUUCGCUUUUGGCGUCAAACCUUCUGGUAAAUGGGGGAAUCGGAGACGUUUGGCAUAUGUCAUUUAUCAAAUGAAUAUCUGACAAAUUGUAGAAAUGUUUUUUAACUGAUAUCGACGGCUGUGAGUUUAAGAUAUAUUUUUCUUUCUCUAAAGCUACUCCAGCCCCCGCUGCAACUGCGCCGGCUACCCAGGCCUCAUUAGGUUCUUCUCUCUUUGCUAUACCAGCAUCAACAGCAGCUCCUGCUACAGCAGCAAUCGCAGGAUUUUGUGAGUUUUAUCUCCUACUAGCUAACUCUUGCCUGAAAUAUCAAGUGUUGACAAACUCAAAACUAAGGUUAAAUUGGCUUUCUGACAUUCUAUGGUGGAAUUUAAUUUCCUUGUUACCCUGACUCUCUCCUGAUCAGUGGGCGCUACCUCAGCCGCCCCCACUGCCACCUCAGCAGCAGGAAGUACCUUGGGCUUCAUGCUCAAACCCUUGGGAGCAGUCACUGCUACAACCACUGCCCCAGUUGGCACGGGUACGGUACAGGUUCAUUGUUUUAUCAUACAGGAUUAUUGGAAUAACUAGAGCUUGAUAUUGUUGGCUGUUUAUGCAAAAUGGUGUAUAUGGGGUUGUUCAUACAGUAUGUUUGUCAUAUUGAUGAAUUCCUCACUAGUGGUUUUUAUGUUUUAGCUGCCCCUACCACUGGCACUACCACAGGUUUCUCACUGGGUAUGAAACCUGCGGGCGCCACUGGCAUCGGUGCAACAGCCCCCAUCACUGGAGUAGCCACAACCAUCACUACUGUUACAGCAAGGUACUGCAGGGUUCAGCCUGGUCCAGUUCAUUACAACCACUCACUGCAAUAUCUCUCACUGCAUCUGUAUCCUCAACCAUUGUAUUUAGGGUUGGGGUUAAGUCCAUUUCAAUUAAUUCAAUUCUGGAAGUAAACUGAAAUUCCAAUUCCAAAUUUUUCCCAUACAGAAGCUUCAAGGAUAAUUUGAAUUUCGGGUUUACUUCCUGAAUUGAAAAAGAAUUUAACCCAACCCUGAUUGUAUUACUCUAAAUACAUCUUCAUCCACUCUUAGCCCUAGUUGUUUCAAUAUGCCCAGUACCUUGCCCUGAACUUAGUCACCUUUACUAGCCGGCUACCACCCGGUUACUCUACCAUGCACCUAAGAGGCUGCUGCCCUAUGUACAUAGUCAUGGAUCACUGGUCACUUUAAUAAUGUUUAUAUACUGUUUUACCCACUUCUUCAUAUGUAUAUACUGUAUUCUAGUUAAGGCCUAUCCUAUUUAACUGUUGCUGUACAUACACUAUUCUUCAGAUACUGUAUACUACAUAUUAAUAAUACAUAUUCUAUCCCAUAUAUUGUCUGUACAUCCCAUCAUAUAUUUAUUUAUUUGCACGGACUCUGUACACACUGGACUCUACAACACAGAGAAGGCUGAAUUCCUGAGAAGACAAUAAGACCUUUUGCAUAGAGUGUAGAGUCACAUCGGGGGCUCGGUCGCCCUACACAUUAAUUGGUCUGGGAAACUGUGCAGUAAUCCCUAUAUAUACAUACACUUUUUUGAUUUGUGUGUAUUGUUAUAUGUUACUGCACUGUUGGCGUUAGGAACACAAGCAUUUCGCUACACCUGCAAUAACAUCUGCUAGAUAUGUGUGUGUGACCGAUUUUGAUUUGUGACUGGUCCUUUACUCCUCCCCCUGCAGUGCUCCUCCAGUGAUGUCAUACGUCCAACUAGAGGGUCUCAUUAACAAGUGGAGUCUUGAGCUGGAGGACCAGGAGAGGCAUUUCUUACAGCAAGCCACCCAGGUCAACGCCUGGGACCGCACGCUGGUGGAGAACGGAGAGAAGGUAACCAGACAUGUCAUUAUAGUGGCACUUCUCGUGGUAACUGCACCACUUGAAUCUAGGCAAUGCUAUUUGUUUUAAUCUCAUAUGAAUUUGAACUUUGGGGUCUCUUCAUGGCAGAUUUAAAAGAGCAUGUUCAUCUUGUUGUUACAGAUCACAUCACUGCACAGGGAGAUGGAGAAGGUGAAAUUGGACCAAAGAAGGUAAUGUUAACAGCUUUAUUUAUAAUAAUGUAUUUGAAUACAUCAGGUAAUUCAGAAUUCUGUCUUAUCUGUAAGUAGAUCUAUGGUAAUUAUUGUGUCAAUAUUUAUUGUAUGACCUUGUGUUUCUGCGCUCUACCCUGUCCCAGGUUGGACCAGGAGCUGGACUUCAUCCUGUCACAACAGAAGGAGCUGGAGGACCUGCUGUCCCCGCUGGAGGAGUCUGUCAAAGAACAGAGUGGAACCAUCUACAUGCAGAACGCAGACGAGGAACGCGAGAGGACGUAAGGUUUUACCAAAUGUCUUUCUGAGUAAAAACCAAAGCACAGUGAGAACUGAAUCAUGACUAUGGUUAUGCAAUAUCUCAAUUUCUUUCUGAAGGUACAAGCUUGCAGAGAAUGUGGACGCCCAGCUGAAGAGGAUGUCUCAAGAUCUAAAGGAGAUCAUUGAACACCUGAACACAUCCAGCGGGCCAGCUGAUAAUAGUGACCCGGUGAGAAGGAAAAACAGAUUGAUGUAUUUUGAAUACCUGACUGCUAGUGCUUUUACUUAUGUAUUUCUACAGUUAUUCUAAUGCAAAUACAGCACAUUUUCUGAACUGUGGUUACCUAGUUAGUUUAUUAUUUAGGGAAGAGGAAAUGUAUAAGUAGUUCUGCUAACACUUUUUCUCUCUUUAGCUUCAGCAGAUCUGUAAAAUUCUCAAUGCCCACAUGGACUCUCUUCAAUGGAUUGACCAGAACUCGGGUCAGUAUUUAACCCAUGUGUGGUCUUGAGUAAAUCACUUUUUAACAUGACCCUUGCUUCUGAUAAAAAGUUAAGACUUCCUUCAAUCCAUAUUAACUCUGUAAUAUAUCCGUCUUUCCUCAGUGCUUCUACAGAGAAGGGUGGAGGAUGUGUCCAAACUCUGCGACAACCGACGCAAAGAGCAGGAGAAGACUUUUCGCAUAACAUUUAAUUGAAUUGGAGAUUGUAAUAUCAGAAAAUGAUAUUGUGAAUGUAAAUGUGCAUUAUGCAAGUUCUUUUUUUUUUUUUUUUUUUCAAUGAAGAUAUUUUUGAGAAGAGUUAUGAUAAAGUUCUGCUUUUAAUGCAGCAUCAAUUGUGAUUUAUAGAAAAAUACUCCAAACUAGGGUGUGUGAUAUGCACUUCCCAAAUUUCAACACUGGUGCUGGUAAAAUAAUACAUUCUGAGUAAAUAAAGAGAUGCACACAUUAUGUGCUCCAAUAUCCUUUAGGGAUCGAUUAAAUCCGUAACCCUGAAGAUCAGCUCUGUAGCACAAUGGAAAUGUGA